UAGCGGGAAGCCAGAGAGCUCGCGCUGAAAACACAGCUGGCAAGAGGGGGAGUAGGAGGCAAGAUCCCCUCGGUAGCCGGCCAGGUUUGGGGCCCCAGCUGUGGGCACGGCUGAGCUCCGGUCGCCCGCGGGGACCUGCGUGGUCUCGGACCUGCGGUUCCGCCAGGUGCGCAGGCAGCGGCCCCGGGCGCCGCGUCGCACGUGGCAACAGGUGCAUCGCGGCCCGGAGCAGAGGCUGCGCGCGUGGGGGCGGGUCGGCACUUAGCCCUGGAGCGCGCGCGGCUCCGGGAUCGGAACCCGGGAGCGCGAGAGGACGGAGCGGCCGGGCCGGCCCCGCCAGCCAACCUGCGGAGCGGAGCGGAGCGCGCCGGGAGCCUCCAGGGCCGGCGUCCCAAGGCAACAACAAAUCAUUUCCACCUCAAAGCAUCUUAGACUAAGAAACUUUGAACUGUGCUGAAAAACUGAGGGGACAGACAAAUUUUCCUUCCCUCUCAUUUGAAAGGAUUUAAAGAAGAAUUAAAAUGGCAGAGGUUUAAAGUUAAUAUUCAGGAUGAAUGAUGGUAAUUCAGAUGAGAAGACAGAAGAUGAACUGCGGUCCUUAUUUAUCAGGGAUACAAAUGGAAACACAUACGCAUGUAACCAAAAACCACCACCUCCCCAAAACUCUUCAGCCAAUGGUGUGAGUUGGAAUUCCGCCAACCCGGAUGACAUGGUGGUUGAUUAUGAAACCAACUCUGCUGUGGACGUUGGUGAAAGUAUUUCUUUAAACCCUCAGUGUGUUGAAGUACUUGAUCACCGGAAGACUUCAAGUGAUUUUGUUAGUAAGGAUGUGUUAGGUAUGCAUAAGGAUUCCACGUGUCAGUCUUUCACACAUGUUGUAAAUACAGAGGAACCCAAAUAUUUGCAUAACAGUUGUCAUUCCCUAGAAUCACUUCAGGACCAGAGUGCUGAGACAUCUCUGUCUUUUGUGUGGAAACCUAACGAUGAUGAUUUGAACUGUACAGACAACCCCACUGCCUUGGCCCUAAAUCAGACGUUUGACACCAAAGUGGAUAACGUUAACUGUACCUUCAUAACACAUGACACCACCGGAAAGAGUCAGUCUUUGCCUACCAUUGCAAGCAGAAAUACAUCUUUAUCCUGUUCCAUCCCUUCAUCUUCCCAUUCUGAUACGAUACGUGUGAGAGAAACGAGUCAUGAUAGAGACAGCUAUGAAAACCCUCAAGCUACAGCAUCACAGGCCCAAGACACAACUUACACAGCAUUUUCUGACAUGGUGAUGCAAACUGAUGUUGUUGUUCCAGAUAUUGGAAAUCCGUGUCACUGUUCUUCGGGAAAGGGCACCAGUGAGUACCCAGAUGGGGCACAGCAAAGACGAGGCAGAGAAAAGGAGACACAAGCUCUAACACCAGUUUCUGAUGGCAUGGAUGUUCCCAGUGGGCCUGUAUUACAAGAGUUCUUUUGUUCGUCUAAAGAUGAACGAAAUAGUGAGACACAUUCACAGAGCUCAUAUGGGCAAAAGGAAAUGGGCCAAAAUGUAAGAGAAACAGUGUCCAAUUGUCUUAUAGAUGAUGAAUGCCCUUUACUGGUGCCAGCUUUUGAUAAAAGCAAGACCCAAGUGCUGGACCCAGAGCAUCAAGUCACUGUGGCUAAAGACACACCAGCUGCCUCCCAUGAAAAGAAUCUGGGAACCCGAAAUCAUACCAUAGAAUUGAUACCAAACAGCCCACCAGGACAGAAGGUGGCUUCAUCAUUUGAACUGACUUGGGAUGCAGAUGAUAUGGUCAUUAGUACAAAUAAUGUAGUUUGCAUGUCCACGCCAGUCCUAGAACCCACAAAUGCAACCUUUUCUAUCUCACCUAUUGAAGGGACAGAGAAAUGUAAUAAAGUGCAGAAGAGUAAUCGAGAGCAUAGACGUUUACCAAACUUGAAGGGGGCACCGAUGAACAUGCCUAAACCCAAUCUAGGAAAAUCAGCCACCAAAACGAAUAGCCCCCUAGGCAGCAAAGUUAGAAAAACUGAAAUUAUAAGUUACCCAAGGCCAAACUUCAAGAAUGUCAAAGCAAAAGUUGUAUCCAGAUCAGUGCUGCAGUCUAAGGACCCUGCUCUAUCAAAGGCCACACCCAGACCUCAGUUAACCGGGGCCUCAUCUCCCUCGUCAGUGUCUUCCUCAAGACAGUCGACAGCUUUGAGCAAAACACCAACAUCUGAAUUGAAUGCAGACACAAAAGCAGAAAUCCUAAUUAACAAGACCCAUAAGCAGCAAUUUAAUAAACUCAUUACGAGCCAGGCUGUGCAUGUUACAACUUAUUCUAAAAACACUUCACACAAGGUUCCAAGAACAACAUCUGCUGUGAAAUCAAAUCAGGAAGAUGUUGACAAAGCAAGUUCUUCCAAUUCAGCUUGUGAGACUGGGUCCGUGGCUGCAGUUUUUCAGAAGAUCAAAGGUGAACUCCCUGUUAAAACGGAAAGCACAGGAUGUUUGGAAAUGCCCUGUACUUCCAACAUCGAUAGGAUUAGCCCUGAAAAUAAGGGUGAAAAAGAAAAUGGGACACCGAUGGCAAAACAAGAGCUAAAAAAGGAAAUUAUGAAUGAGACCUUUGACUAUGGUUCUCUGUUUUUGGGUUGUGCUUCAAAAACUGCAACCAUCUCAGGUAGGAGUCUAGCCAAGCCCAACUCCUCCGUUUUGAGGAAAACACCUGGUCCGAAAGCCAACGCGGGGCCUUCUGUUUCCUGCUUGAGGCGGAAUAGUGACAGUAGGAAUCUCAGCUCUGAUCGAGCCGUAUCUCCCCAGAGGAUAAGGCGUGUGUCCAGUUCUGGAAAACCUGCAUCCUUGAAAACUGUGCUGCCGUCUUGGGUGAAUUUGCCUAGACCACUUCCUAAAUCCAAAGCGUCUCUGAAAAGUUCUGCGCUGGGGAGGACAGGAAGCACCUCCUCUAUUGCCAGCACUCACAGUGAUCUGAGCACUUACAGCAAUAACUCUGGUAAUGCCGCUGUCAUCAAAUAUGAGGAAAAACCUCCAAAACCAGCAUUUCAAAAUGGUUCUUCGGGAUCCUUAUAUUUGAAGCCUUUGGUACCCAGAGCUCACGCACACUUGCUAAAAACUCCUCCGAAAGGUCCUUCAAGAAAAAGUCUGUAUACAGCUUUGAAUGCAGUUGAAAAGGGCAGACAAAAGAACCCCAGAAGUUUAUGCAUCCAGACCCAGACGUCUCCAGAUGUGCUGUCCUCUGAAAAAACACUUGAGUUGGCUCAGUAUAAAACAAAAUGUGAAAACCAAAGUGGAUUUAUCCUGCAGCUCAAGCAGCUUCUCUCCCGUGGUAAUACCAAGUUUGAAGCAUUGACAGUUGUGAUUCAGCACCUACUGUCUGAGCGGGAGGAAGCACUGAAACAACACAAAACCCUAUCUCAAGAACUUGUUAACCUCCGGGGAGAUCUAGUCACUGCUUCAACCACCUGUGAGAAGUUAGAAAAAGCCAGGAAUGAGUUGCAGAUAGCUUAUGAAGGAUUUGUCCAGAAGCUAAACCAGCAGCACCAGACUGACCUGACAGAGCUGGAGAAUCGACUUAAAGAAUUUUACACCGGGGAGUGUGAAAAGCUUCAGAAUAUCUACAUCGAAGAGGCAGAGAAGUACAAAACUCAGUUGCAGGAGCAGUUUGACAACUUAAAUGCUGCCCAUGAAACCUCUAAGUUGGAAAUUGAAGCAAGCCACUCAGAGAAAAUAGAAUUGCUAAAGAAGGCCUAUGAAACCUCCCUUUCAGAAAUCAAGAAAAGCCAUGACACGGAAAAGAAAUCACUCGAGGAUUUGCUCUGCGAGAAGCAGGAAUCGCUAGAGAAGCAAAUCAAUGAUCUGAAGAAUGAAAAUGAUGCUUUAAAUGAAAAGCUGAAAUCAGAAGAACAAAAAAGAAUAUCAAGAGAGAAAGCAAACUUAAAAAACCCUCAGAUCAUGUAUCUGGAGCAAGAGUUAGAAAGCCUGAAAGCCGUGUUAGAGAUCAAGAAUGAGAAACUGCACCAACAGGACAUCAAGCUAAUGAAAAUGGAGAAACUGGUGGACAACAACACAGUGCUGGUGGACAAGCUGAAGCGAUUCCAGCAGGAGAAUGAAGAACUAAAAGCUCGGAUGGAUAAGCACAUGGCAAUUUCAAGGCAACUUUCCACAGAGCAGGCCGUCCUGCAGGAGUCUCUGGAGAAGGAGUCCAAAGUCAACAAGCGCCUCUCCAUGGAGAAUGAGGAGCUGCUGUGGAAGCUGCAUAACGGGGACCUGUGCAGCCCCAAGAGGUCCCCGACGUCGCCCGCCGUCCCCUUCCAGUCGCCACGGAACUCCGGCUCCUUCCCCAGCCCCAGCAUCUCCCCAGAUGACCUUCCUGGGAGCCAGAGACAGACUGACUGCGUUUCUGCAGGACGGACCCCCACCGCAGGGGCCCAGAGCCACCUUCACUGACACGCACCCCCCCUCCCCCGCCCCCCGCCCUAGAACUGGAAAGUCACGGCCUGAAACCGGCUCCUUCCAGAGGAGACCGGCACCCUGGAGGAAGGCUUCCGGCUCAGUCCAGGAGACGCCUCCCCAAAAGAUGCUCAUCAGAAUGGAUCUACACGGACGCUGUUGCACAAAGCACUUACGGAACGAGAAGAUCUUGUUCAUUGCCUUUUUCACCUACGCGUAAAGGGGAAAACUCUCAGGGGCUGUUAGAUAAAGAUUUAUAUAACCUUUGUAAUGUUCUUUACCACAGACACCUUCUUGUGAUUUUUAUUUUGGUCUGACUGGGGAUGUGUGAAUGAAGUGGAUGUA